AUGGCAUUGCCAAGCAUUCCCGUUAGUUUCCUACCCGAGGCUCGCAGACCAUCUGAUGGCCUAACGAAGUUCGCGAAGAAGAGCUUCACUCUCAUUUGCAACGUGUGCGGCAAGCUGUUCAAGCAGAAGAUAGACUUGGAGCGCCAUGCUCGGCGUCACACGGGCGAGAAACCCUUCCCAUGCCCUCCGAGUGGCACUGUGCUCUCAACAAGCACUCGCAAGCUUCUCCUCCCUGGUGACGACCAUCAGCUUCCCUCCAGCAAUAAAGCUAAACAACUCGCUUCUGAAACCUCCGUACCGCUAGACCUUGCUUCUCUCUGCUCAGCGGCAUCCUCAUCGUCUUCUGCUCCAGCGUCUUAUGCAGUUUAUCCAUUCGUAAAACAAACUGUUCGUAGUGAAGUCGAUGAUGCUUAUGCGUCUAUGAUUUCUUCCAUGAUUCCUCAGCUACCUGUGAGCGGGGUACCUCUACCAGGUCGUGAUCACAGAUGUAGCGUGUGUGAAAAAGCCUUCUCGCGCGUCAAAGAUCUCAACAGACACAUGCGCACUCAUACAGGAGAACGUCCGUUCAGCUGCACCGAGUGCAACUACAAGGCCUCUCAAAAAGGAACGCUACUAAGACACCUUAAUAAAGUUCAUAAUAUGAGCGCCUCAAUUACAAGUCCAUCCUCGGCUGCGCCAUCUCCUCAAACUCUGAGCAUGGGACAAGCCUCUGAUUUUAGUGACGGGAACGGCCGGAAUACUUCAAAUUUUAAUCGUGUGUGGCUCGGCCAAGACUCAGCAGGUUCUUCAGUCGCUGACGCGGCGACCAACAGGCGCUCUAUGCGCGGUGCUGGCAACUGCGAUGUGUGUGGACGAUUUUUCUUGCGCAGUGCUGAUCUCAAGCGACACUUGAUCGUGCACACGAGCGACCGUCCCUUCCCAUGCAGAUAUUGCGACUACAGGAUGUCGUGGUCACGUCAUGGAGCAUCUCAUCUCGACUCCCGAUUCUGCUCCAACAUCCUCGACAACAAGACUUCAGGAGAUCGCUUAGGCGUAACCGGCAAAGAGUCCUCGUCACAUUCUCGGCGUGCCGGUAACUCCGUCUACAAUUUUGGCCGAAACCUGGCCAACGAAAGAUACUCGAUUUCGCAGCGAGAACCUUCCACAGAAUUUGAAACUGGAAGCGGAACGAAAAGAGUUAUGCAAUCGCUGGCUUGCUCGUUGGCCGGUAAUAUUAUGUCACCUCGCUUGGAGUCUACUCGACGCUACUUGACAUCCGGACGACCCUGGUCAGUAGUCGCCGGCUCCUAUGCAGGAUUAGGUUCCUCUUCAUCGAGCUCUUUCUCCACCAACCUUACUACUUUGCCUACGUCCCUCGUGGGCUGCGACCCAAAGUACCCCAACAGAAGUGGCAACUCCUGCGACGUCUGCGGCAAAUGGUUCCUUUUGCCGAAAGACCUACGACGGCAUGUGCGUGUGCACACAGGCGAACGACCGUACAGCUGUCCCAUCUGUCCGUACAGGGCGGCAGUCAAAGGGAAUCUCAAGCAACACGUCGUUAACACUCACAAUAUGUCCUCUGAAGGCUGCUCAUCCGAAGACCUGCCUGAGUCUGAGUCGAACUCGCGACAUCCAGGAACGGUUUUCUCGUCCAAGACUUCACUGAGUCACGCUCGCGCUCCCGACGGCCGCGGCCACAACUGCUUGUUCUGCGGGAAGUGGUUCCUGCGUUCGUCUGAUGUGCGGCGACAUUUCCUUGUACACACCGGCGAAAAGCCCUACGCCUGCCCGCAAUGUUCCUUCAGAGCAUCUCUCAAGAGCAAUCUCAAGCAACAUGUCACGGCCGUCCAUAAAAUACCCUUCAAGUGA